AUGGAGCCAACUUUGGGUACGACUAAGAAUACACGGUUCACGCGUAUUUCGGUCUCCCCGGCUUGUACCGACUCGGACCAAGGGCAAGACCUAGAAGCUUUCCAGACACAAGACAAUGCUGUUAUUGAUACUGGAAUCGUCUCAGGAUCUCCACGAUGUCACCAGUCCAGCAAUUGUGCCACCUCGGUCUUUCUAUCUGUUCCAGACAAAUCGAUGACUAUUCGCCGGAACAACCACGUAAAGCUGCUCUCCGAGCAACAGCUCUCAGCAGGCGUGGUUCAGAAGACUCCAAAAAAUCCCAGAUCCAGGUCCGACGUGGAUGGCCCACACACGGCGGAGGUGGCCAAGAAAAGACGCCGGCUUAGUUGGAAUCAGACUACGAGUCCACUAUCAGAACCAUCAAGCACGCCGGGGUCAACCGACCUCUCGACUUAUGGUACGGCUGGUCGCAGCGAUACCGGACCACGCGGCUGGAAGCAAGCCAGGUUAUCGCAAGGUGCUUUAGCCCGACGGCAGAUAUUCCUCAGGGGUAUGCUGCAGCAGCGUACUGAGGUACAAGAAGCCGAUGAGCAACUUUUGGAAAGAAAGAAGCGAGGAAAUGAUGAUAUCAGUAGGGCGGGGGAAUCUGCGGUGAUUGACGCAGAUCCCCAUACCGAUGCGCUUGGCAUAGAAAGUUUGGCUUUUCCUGACGCAGGGAGCACACAAAUAUCGACUGACCCAGCUGCUGGUGUCAGUAAUAGUCAUAUCGAAAAGGGGACAUGGCAGCUGCGGCAGCCUGUCAGUACCAGUGUGUCUGCCUUGCACACGGAAAAGCCAUCCAACGGGGCGCCUAGCCAGAGACGAGCAGUCAGAGAUCCCGCUGCUCAUCUUGUUGCCGCCCGAGCCCAAAUUAUCUCCCGGCCGUUUGUUUCAGCCACGCGUCCAGUGCUUCUUUCCGGAUCAUGUCGGAACCCACUUGUUCUGUUUAGACCGAGGCAGCCGCUGGUAAGCAUCCAGAUGGCAACCUGGAGUGUACCACUGCCGUCAUUUCAUUCAUCGACCGGACCGCCAAACCCACAGGCCAACCUUGCAUCGACGAAGGGUGAAAUCGACUGUGAAGAAGAGGAGGACGAGAAUGAACUGGCUUUCCCAACAUUUAAGUACGAGAGUCGAUAUUUUGCCAGCGACUAUGAGGAAGACGGCAUGGAAAUAUUUGCUGAUUUUGCCGGAUUGUGGCCGCAGUCAGGGGACGGGCUGCAAACAGACAUGGAUGCUGAAUUCGAAGAAAUGGGUACAUUUGGUAUCAGUACGUUUGGGUGA